AUCUCACGACUGGCUAUGAGGGAAUUUAAAAGGCCAGCAAGAGGUGAGCAUUCAGGUACAUCGUAAGCGGAUCAGAAACAUGCAGGCUCUUGUGGUGCUUUGUGUCUGCUUGGGAACUUUAACAGCGAGAGCAGAUGCAUUGAAUGAACUGGAUAAGACCACAGAGGGAAAUGAAAUAACAGACUUAGAUUCACACAUCAGUUUGUCACCUGAGGCUGAUGUUUCAUUCGUACAACAUCAACUGGAGGAUUCAAGUCCAGCAUUAGGUGAAACAAACCAAACACAAGGAUCAAGGCACUUAAGGGCCGCAGGCACCGAAAAUAAACAGUCAAUUUUGGGGCGAACGGAAGCUGUGUGGGUGGAGCUCAAUGCUGUAUUAGAGAGAUGGGGAGGAACAAUAGGGAAGCUCAAUACCAUCCUGAGAGGGCUUAACGAAGAGAAAACGCGUCUCAUGGACAAAGGUGAAGAACAAAAAGUAAACAAAAAGAAAGAGGAUGAAGAUGAAGAAGAUGAUGAUGAGGAAGAAGAAGAAGAGGAAGAAGAAGAAGAAGAAGAGGAAGAGGAGGAAGGAAAAGAAGAAGAAGAAAAAGAAGAGGAGGAAGCAGGAAAGGAAGAAGAGGAGGAAGCAGGAAAGGAAGAGGAAGAGGCCGAUGUGAAUAACAGCACCCUGAGCAUAGUUUCAUUACCAGAAGGCUGCCAACUGGACGGAGCUCGAAUAUUUUGCAACUCCUGCUUGACUCAUCUGCCAAUCAUAACAAACAUUACUGGAGUCACCAUACUUGAACUGCCUGGGAACAACUUGAGCACAAUUCCUCCCGGUGGUUUUGCCGGACUGCCAAAUCUUGAGGAGGUUGAUCUAAGUAUGAAUAUGCUGGAGGAUUCGUCUUUCGACAUGAGUCUGUUCACGAAUCUGACAAAUCUGAGAAGACUGAAACUCGAUGGCAAUGGACUUACAGCAGUUCCACAUUUGCCAUCUUCUCUGGAGGAGCUAAGGAUACACAACAAUAGAAUAAACCAGCUGGCCUCACACAACUUUAAAGGCUUGACCAAUCUACAAGUCUUAGAGCUAACAGGUAACCUGCUGUAUGAGGGCAGCGUCGCACCCUGGGCUUUCAGACCCCUGAAAGCGCUGAAGUUCUUACGAUUGGAUAAAAAUCGAUUCAGUGCCAUCCCAGCAGGACUGCCCCCAUCUCUAGAGGAGUUGAGAAUGCAAGAAAAUCAAAUUGUGGAGGUGCAGGAUAGGCUUUUGCAUAAAUGCAUACACCUAAGAGUGCUUGAUCUCAGUCACAAUCUUCUGAGAGAGAACAACAUCUAUCCCAGGGCUUGGAUCAACCUGCCGAAGCUUGAAGUUCUUGACCUGUCUCAUAACCAGAUGGCCGUGGUGCCCUCACACCUGCCGAGAGCCUUGCGUCAGCUUUCCCUUCAGCACAAUCACAUCCACGCCAUUCCACCAAACUCACUGAGUCACCUUCGUCCAGGCUUACAGUCUCUGCAUCUCUCCCACAACCUUUUGGAGGAGGAGAGAGUGCUGGGAAGAUCGUUUCGUGGAGUCUAUCAAACACUGGUGGAGCUGCACUUGGACAACAAUAGGCUUGAAACUGUGCCACGCAACAUACGCCACUUCAAGAAUCUCCAGCUACUGCGUCUAGAUCACAACCGUAUAAGCUCUGUUCCAGUGAGGUCUGUAUGUAAGGCUAUAAGUACUGAGAAGUCUCUGCUGUCAGAUGUCCAUUUAGAGUACAACUACAUUGACGUGAAGAAAAUCCCUCGUAAAGCUUUCUCCUGCAUCCAGGACCCCAACAGGAUCAUUCUGGAGCCCCAGACCCCCGCUGUGUUACAGUAAACUCCCGCAGAAACAUCUGUCACUUCACUCUCUGCUUCUCCUUUCAUCCACUUUUAUCCUACUUGAAUACUGUAAACUUCAUGUCCAUUAGAUCUAAUUGUGUGCUAAUAGUGACCUUUUAUUUUGGAAACUUCAGUGUCACUCCAGGGAUUUGACUAUAAAGCUUUAGUCUUUAAAGCUUUACAAAUGCGCAUGCUGACAUGAUUCUUGAAAUGGUUAUAUUUGGGUAGAUAUCAUUUCUGGUUUCCUUUAAGUGAAGCUCAUAACAUUACACAGAAACUUUAGUUAUUCAAUGCUUUUAUUGCACUAUAUCCAUUUACACUUGCAUCUGCAAUAAUAUAUUUAUCUUUUUUAUUCUGAUAUGUUAUACCAUUUUAAUUUAUAAUACUAUAAUUUGAAAUGACCUUGGCUUGUAUUUAUUUUUGAAUGCAAUAAAGUAAAUUAUUACAA